AUGACCGGGCAAUCCAGCACACCACUCACGAUCUUGUUCAAAAAACACAAGGUCGAGGAACUUCCUCCGGAGAGAGGAGGGACUGCAAGCCAAACAUGUCCUCCACUUCAGCCACUGGAGUGCCCAGAAAAGUUAUACCGAGACGAUGAGCCAGACUGCUCCGAGAUCUGCCAGUGCGGGGAGGGCGAAGUGCUGGCCUGCAACACCAUCUGUGUGGAGCGAGCCGCCUGUAAGACAGACUUCGCCUUCUACAACCACGCAGCCCCCGCAUACCAAGCGUACCGCGGCCGGUGCCUCUGUUACUCCGGGCGCUUCAUCUGCAUGCGUCCGGCCCCUGGGUCGUACAAGCUGCCGCAAGGGGUUUUCCUGUUCCUGGGCUACAGUGAGGCAGAUGAGAAACUUCUCUUGCCACUCAUCAGGAUGGAGGUACAGGACGCCGUCUUAUCGCUGCAGAUGCUCAUCAAGAAAAGCAUCAAACCUAAGUUUCACUGCAACCUGUCGCUCUACAGCCUUUCGAAAGAGAACAUCAUUUUGGUAGCGAAACUGGCCGAAGUAAAUUCUUCGCUGGCUAGGAAUUUGCAGCACCAGUCCAAUACUAACCUUCUAAGAAGAGAAAAGGAGGAGUGUGUCGGGGCUCUCCAGGACUUCAGUGAGAAGGUGAACUCACGGCACCCAGUCGUCCACUCACAUUUACUCCUCUCAAUUUUCAAGAUGGCUGAAGUGGAGGUCGUGGUUCCUGCGUCUAGCUCAAGCUCACCAAUUAUUGUUAAGCAUAUGCUCAAUAUAGCUGUAGUUGUAUAUUUACUAUCCAUUCAGCAAUACUGUGCUGUACAUCUGAUAUCGUGACAGUAGGCUGAACUAGACAUACAAUGUUCAUAUCUUGCUGGCUAGUUAGUCCAUUAUUCACUACUGACAUCAAUUCAUAUAAUUAGAACAUGCCAAAUUGCAUGCAAUCCAUUUGACAAGUUAUUAUUGAGUUUGAACACAAGUUUGGGUAGUCUUGUAAAAUUAUGGGCGGGAACAGAAGCAUUGUUAUAUUAUAGUAUUCAGAACACAGGUUUGCUCAGAACAAAAUAUGCUUUAUCAUCGAUAAACCUUGGUAGCGAAAAUCAACGAUCUUUUCUUGAAGCAAUUCUAAUAUUGACUUAUUGACCCUUCGAAACACCUUCCAGUCAUUUUCUCCCUAUGGCUAUGAUCAAUGGGUGUAGUUAAAUUAUUCAGUAGUCAUUAUUAUAAAAUAAAUUAUCUUGGAAUUUCCAAAUUACGAAAGCGUAAUAAGAAGUCUUAAACAUUUUAUUAAACCGUGAACAAUAAUUACUUACUGUAAUUGUGCUCAUGUACACAUUGCAUCAGUUGUAGAAUUGAGAAUUUUUGUACAAAUAUUUCAAAUUUUAAAUGGCAUUUUUUGACAGUAUUAUUAUGAUCUUCCCCUUAACCAUAAUCCAAAUGUCAUACCAAAAAUUUACGUAGACAGUACUGUAAAUAUAUUUGGAAUAAUAUAAUAAUUAAAAAUAAUAUGUGUGGCCUUGCUAACAAUGUUAAAUACUGUAAUAUACUAGUAUGUCUGUAACAUAAAUGCAAUUGCUGCCUGUUUAAUUCAUACAUGGAAUUAUCAUAUGCAGAUAGUAAGUAAUAUAAUGAAUACAUUUCUUUACACUGUUCAGGUAUUAACAAGUAAAACAAUUUUGUUUUAAUUUGUGCUGGGCAAACCUUUAACAAUUACUGCUUGGAUUUAUAAAGGUUAUGUAUACAUUUAAUAGGUAUACUGGGUGUUUGAAAAAAUAUGGAACGAACUUGUAAGAAAUGGUUAUACAUGUUUCAAUUUUUAAAAGUUCCUAUCAUAUAUGAAUUUCUUCCUUAACUUCUU